GGCUGCAGGAAGGGGCUCCGAGCGGGGCAGAGGGUUCGCGCAUGACGGUUGGUGCUGGUUACCGAUUGUGGGUGGCUCUGACUUCAGCUUCCGGAAGCAGCCCACACGUCCUGCUGUUUCCUGGGUAGAGCAAUAGCCAGGGGCUGUUUGUGCUGCAGGCAAGUGCAGCCUCCACAGCUGCCUUGGGGCACAGUUCCUGGCCAGUGGGAGUGGCAGAGCUGGUGCCUGAGGUGGGGAUGGCACGUAGAGCCCUAUGUGCUGCUCCUGCUUCUAGGAGCUGGGGGACAUGCUGGCUGCUCCAGGAGCCGGGCAAAGAGCCAUUUAACCCCACAGUGCUGUCAGCUGAGCUUCUCACAGCCUGGGCCGUGGUGCUUCCCAGAGCUGCCUGUGUCCCUUUUCCACUGGACGCCUGGUACCCUACCGGAGCGCCGUGCAAUAACCAGCCAAGGCACCCGGCCUGCACGUUGAAGCUCCAUGCCUGCUGCAGAAGGGAAGAGUUUUAACCAGUUCUCUUCCUUCCGUUUGUCUCUCUUGGGGGGCAUUUUCUUUUGCCUCCUGCUCUUUGCCAGCUCCAGAGGUGUGGAAACUAGCCCUUGGGCCUAGCUCUCCCUCCUGCCAUCGAGAUCCAUGAGAUGUGCGUAACGCUCGUGAUUACAGAGAAACGUGGGGCUCUGCGUAUUUGCUUCCCGGGUCUGGAUUGUUUGGAAGGGCCUUUCUGGCUUUUCUCCCCAGGCAGGAGGCUGGAUGGACUUUCCAGAAAGGAGAACUGGGAUUCUCCAGGAAGGUGGUUCCAGGAGCUGUGUAUUAAGGAAACCCCAGGAGGAGGAGCUGGGUUCAGUGCCUGGCUUUUACCAUCCUCUGUGGCUGUGAGAGCAGGGGGCCGAGAAAAGUCCCUCUGAGAAGGACUGAUGGGGGGGAGGACUGGUUAAAACUGCCUCAUUCUGCAGCGACCCUUGUUUCGAUGUACAGGCCAGAUCCCCACCCACCUGCCUUUGCUCUGGCUCUCGCUGCUCUGGUAGCUCCAUGGCCUUGUCUGAGCAGUGAGGCCAGGGGGCUGUGGCCCUGCUGCUGCCUGUGUUUGCUCCUACAUCUCCCAGAGCACCUGGGGCAUGGUGACGGCCCGAAAGCUGUGGUGCUAGAAGCAGGUAGCCAGCAUAAUCCAGCGCGGGGGUGCCAGCUGCGCUGUGUGCUGAACUGUGUUUUCUCCAGCAGGUUGUGGGAAGAGGCCCUGCCCAGGCCAGUUGGCAGCUGGGGUUAUCUUGACGGCCAGAGAAAGGACUGCUGAGACGGGAAUUGCCAUCUCUAAGAAGGGAGACAGCAGGAGUCUUGUCCUUGAAAGGGGGCUCUGGGGACAUGAGGUGGCCGUGUGUCUGGCUCUUCUGUUCCCUGGGCCCACUGGUCCUGCUCUCUGCAGCCACCACCCCUCCAAACAUAGUGUUAAUCUUUGCAGAUGAUCUGGGGUUUGGAGAUUUGGGGAGCUAUGGGCACCCCACCUCAGCCACACCCAACCUGGACAAGAUGGCAGCUAGGGGCUUGAGAUUCACGGACUUCUAUGCCAGCUGCCCGGUCUGCAGCCCCUCCCGGGCAGCGCUGCUGACGGGUCGGUACCAGACGCGCUCUGGGGUUUACCCCGGCGUGUUCUACCCCGGCUCCCGGGGUGGCCUCCCGCUGGCUGAGGUCACCGUCGCCGAGGUGCUGAAGGCUCAGGGCUACGCCACGGCCAUGGUCGGCAAAUGGCAUCUGGGCCUGGGGGCCAACAGCUCCUUCCUGCCCAUCCACCAGGGCUUUGACCACUUCCUGGGGGUGCCCUACUCUCAUGACCAGGUGGGCCUGGGGCACAGGGCUGGGAGCGCCGCGGGGGCCAGUACAGGGCCUUGGGGAGAUGAGACUGCGCUGGCACCCUGGACAUCCUGCCAACCCUGGGUCACGUUGGAUGGCUACGACCUGAGCCCGGUGCUGUUUGGCAGGGGGAAGAGCCCCCGGCAGCUGAUGUUCUAUUACCCGCCCAGCCCCAGCAAGCUGCUCGGUGUCUUUGCCGUUAGAUACGGGAAGUACAAGGCCCAUUUCUUCACUCAAGGCUCCUUGCACAGUGAGACGACCCCCGACCCGGACUGCCAUGGGCUGAGGCCCCCGACGCCGCACACCCCCCCUGUGCUUAUCGACCUGGAGGCUGAUCCUGCGGAGAACUAUGACCUGCUGCGUGGUGAGGCCGUGGGGCCGGAGGUGCUGCAGGUGCUCAAGGAGAUCCAGCUGCAGAAGGCACUUUUUGACCAGCGCAUGGAGUUUGGGGAAAGCCAGAUAGGGAAGGGCAGCGACCCAGCCCUCCAGCCCUGCUGCAUCCCCCGCUGCACCCCCAAGCCCUCCUGCUGCCAGUGCCCCUGAGCUCCCUGCUGCACUUCACCCUGUCUCCUCUCUCCGCUGCCUGGAACCCUCCUACGGUUACUGCUCCCUAAAUGCCCUGCACCAGCCUCCCCAAACUUGCUGCAUUUGGGGAGCGUCCCUGGCCAGACUCCCGCUCCCCAGGCCUGACGCUGAGGCUCCCUCCAGGCUGCUGCGUAGGGCGAGCUGCUAGAAGGGAGGGGCGCUGGUGCACUUGUUGGGGGGUGCCCAAGGAGUCUUUGGCCAUUGCGCACACAUGCUGGCUCUCCCCAGGGCCUGGCUGAGCACAGCGAAUCCUUUGGCGUCCGCUCGGCGCUGGAACAGAACAAGGGCAGGGUGCCGGAACCUAGCACCCUGCUGCAGCUGGCAGGGCCUGGCAAUACUAGCCUGCUCAGUGGGGCGUGGCUAGCUUUGGGCAGGCCCCAGCACAGCGGUGAGGGCAGAGGUGGAGUUAGGGUGCCAGACCGGGGCCGGUGGCUGUCCCUGAGCACACAGCUAGGGGCCUGAUGGGUACUUGCCGUCAGGAAAGGAGCUGUGCAUGGGGCCCCGGGCCCUGCACCCCCAGAGGGAACAGCGCCGCCGUGUUCUCUAGACCAGAGCGACUCCCAGCCAGUGGCACACAGGAAUUCUCAAGCCUGUCGGUCUGCCCUCCUCAGCCCAGCAUGUCCCAGGCUCCCCUGCCUCAUCCUGCAGCCCCCUUCUUCCAGCCUAACCUCCCAUAUUGCCCCCAGCAGUUCUUCCCCUGGCCUGUGCCUGCUACCUCUCCCCCCCCCGGGUCCCCUCUCCUGACCUCCACCCUUUGUUCCCCCUCUCCGCAGCCCGUUCUCCUCCCACUGGCCAGAACUGGCUGUGCUGCCUGAGCUGGGUCUCCGCUCAGGGCUCCAUUCUCCAGGCUACUGGUCGGGCUCUCAAGUUCUGUGCUGGUUCCUGUAACAGCCAACUCCCUCGUCCCUCCCCUGCCCUCAUUAAACCAGUAACACCGGGGCCGCUGAGUCCCACCUCCCUGCAAGCAGCCCCGUGGAAAACCCAGCAAAUCCUCCAUUUGGUCGCAGCCAGCCUACAGGUUAGCGUGCCUGUGCCACUGAGCUGGUGCCAGGACCCUGCUAUGUUGCCAAGAACCCUGCCCAGCCAUCCUUGCCACUGGCACCAGCCUUGGCCUUUCCGUCCGACCCCGUGGCAGUUUGCUGGGCUGGCAAGCGGCGUCCCUGCUUGUGGGGCUGGAGCAGAAACACCCUGGGCUCCAGCUGCCGCAGAGGAAUGCUAGGUCCUGCCCCGGGAGAUCUGGGAGCUCUUCUCUAGCGGCACGGGGAAGGAAGUCACCUCUCCAUUGCCACACAGGCAGCUGGCCCUGGGCUAAGGGAGAGCAAAACACUGUGUCUAUAUACACACGAGCCCCCGCCUGUACGUUUCAAGGGAGGGAUGCGGAAGUGCCUAGCGCGUAGUCGAUGGAAAUUCCAUCAACUAGUCAAUUAACUGAGAUUUCACAUAAUUAGAGGGUGUGGGACUCUAAACUGGGGAACUGACUGAGAGUGACUUGGGCUUGUGAUGGAGAAUCCGCGGACCACUAGCUCACAGUUGUGAUGCUGGGGCCAAAAGAGCUCGUGCCCCUGGAAUGCACAAUCAGGGCAAUCUCUCGUGGCAGAGAGGUUAUUUGCAUAUGCAAAGCGGAUCACCUCUUUAGUUUAAAACAGAAGGUGAAGGAGGCAAUUGAUCCCAGUAUAUCAGUUUAGGGCAGCUACCCCAGGCCUUCCCCUGGCGGGGGAGCAUAGUCUCAACUAUCCGAAGGAUGGGACCCAGGGACACCCCCCCUCACUUACCAUGGUGGUGGGAGCUGGAGGAGCCCAGCUCCACUGCACCCUGCCACCCUGUUCGCGGAUCACUGCACUCCACUUCAUCGCAGCAGCAGGAAGCAGAAUGCCCCGUGAAGCAGAGCAAGGGCUGGAAGAAGGCAGUAGGAUGGAGUGGUGCAGGUUGCCAGGCUGCUCUGCCAGGACCCAGCAAAUCCCCCAGUUUGCAUUGCUUGGGAGAGGCUUAGAAGGGGGUGAGGGAAGGGGCUUGUGGGGACGGAUGGCCCUGUACCCAGGAACCAAAUAAUGAAUCCAGCAGAGGAAGGUCUGACAUGGUUCUGGUAACACUGGCACUUUCAAAACCCAGGUUGGAUGUUUUCCUAAAACCCAUUGUGGUGAAUGGGAGGGCGCUACCCUCUUCUGGGGUUAACCGAAUUGCCUGUAAGCGUUAAACCAGAGACAGAGAGUCACUAGCAUGUGUUGGCAUGGAGCCAGGGGAGCUAAUGAAAACGGUGUCGUUUUUUAAUAGAAGCACUAAUUUUUUAACGGACUCUCAGGGAAGUAAUUCUGUGGUUUUUAAACCAGCUUUUAUUCA